UUUUAAUGUUUAUAAAUAGCAAAAACUACUCAGAUUUCCUAUCGGAAAUUCGCAACAUUGGUGGCGAAUUUACUUGGAUUAGAAAAAAUAAUUUAGGAAAAAUACAAAAUGCUGGUCGUUCAACUAAAGAAAUUGCAACUGCAAUAUUUGACUCUGAAAGAAUUAAGGUUAUUAAUGAUGAGGCUAGUAGAAGAAAUGUUAAGGAUGAUGUUGUUUACUCUGAAGCAAAACAAAUUCUUUCCAAUAUGGCCAGUGACUUUCAUUUACAUUCUGCUGUACAAACAAUUGGUUAUUCACUAGCCAAGAUAUUUGGACGUAUAUUCUCUCAUAUUUGGUAUAAUUCUGAAGCUUUAGAAAAAAUUAAAAAAAUUUCCUAUGAUAGAUCAGUCAGUGUUGUUUGGUUACCUACACACAAAAGUUAUCUAGAUUUUCUUUUGAUCUCUCUUCUGUGUUAUCAUCAUCAAAUCCAGUUACCCGCGAUCUGUGCAGCUGAAGAUUUUCAAUCCUCUAAACUACUUGGAGAGGCUCUACGACGUUGUGGGGCGUUUUUUAUUAGGAGGAAAUUUAAGGAGGAUCCCCUUUAUUGGGCUAUAUUUGCCGAAUAUAUUCAACAACAUAUACUUCAUUCCGAUAGACCAGUUGAAUUCUUUAUCGAGGGUCAGAGGAGUAGAACCGGCAAAUCUCUCUUUCCUCGCACAGGAUUGCUGCAAUUAGUUGUUGAGCUUUUCAUGAAGGCUCAAGUCUAUGACACGCUACUUGUUCCUAUUACAAUAAAUUAUGAUCGUAUUCUUGAAGAAUCACUCUUCUCCUAUGAACUGCUUGGACGACCAAAACCAAAAGAGAAUGCUUCCGGCCUUUUAAAAGCAAGACAAAUAUUGUCUGAUUCGUUUGGCAGCAUUUUUAUUACAAUUGACCAUCCAAUAUCACUUAGAGAAUAUUUUCUUAGUGGAAAUAUUAAUCUGGAAUUUCGUGGUGAAUUAAUGAAGGACAAAGAUAACUCAUUUUACGACAAUAAAUUAAGAGAAUUAACUGAAAGUUUGGCUCUUAAAAUUGUAUCAACUCAAAAUAGCAAUAAUGUGUUAACUAUUUGGCCAUACAUAGCACUAGCUAUAUUAAAGAUUAUUAAUGAUCCCAGAAGAAAUAGUCAAGAACAUUUUAAAAUUAAUAUAGCAGAAUUAAAUCAUGUUGUUGAAAUGCUUGUUGGAAUUUUCAACAAAUGUUUCGAUAUAAGGGAGAUUUAUACUAAAGGAUUUAUAAUUAAAGAUGCCAUACUUUUCCUCUUCUAUUUGUUUAACAAGGAGUUUGUUUCUGAUCCUAAUCAAAUUGCCGAAAAUUUUAAUUAUGCGGAAAUGAAGUGUAAACAUUUAAACAAGGUUGAGUGCCACCUACUGGCUCAAAUAAUGAUACCUUAUAUUAUUGCUUAUCAUGCAAUUUUCGAAUUAUUUUUGGAAAUGAAUAAUGAAGAAAAGAUUAGCAACCAAAACGAGUUUUUUAAAGCAAUUCAUCAGAAGCUAAUUUUUAAGAUUAACAAUGUAACGAACAAAUUGCCAUUACAAAUUGCUUCUAUAGAUCUAAUUAAAAAUGGAUUCAACUUUUUAAGAUCUGAACAAUUAAUUAAAGUAUAG